UUCUGGGAAAAGGAGGAAGCUGAGCAGCAAUAACAGGGAAACGAGAGAGACACCAGCAGCAGCAGCAGCAGCUAUUAUAGAGAACCUGGGGGCGGCGGUGACUGAGACCGAGAGGGCGAGAAGAGAAGAUACACAGAAAUAAACUAGUGAUUCCGAGAGUGGAAAUCCCACAACACACGCAGGUGGAAGACAGAUGGCUUCUCGUCGUGCACGCCCAACGCGGAAACUGAAACCAUGGCUAGUGGAACAGAUUGAAAGUGGAAAGUUUGGACUCAAAUGGGAAGACGAGCAGAAAAAUAGUUUCAGAAUCCCAUGGAAACAUGCAGGGAAACAAGACUUCCGCCAUGAUGAAGAUGCGGCUGUCUUUAAGGCAUGGGCUGUGUACAAGAACAAAUACAAAAAUGGAGAAAAGGUGGAUGCAGCUGCAUGGAAGACGAGGCUUCGUUGUGCUCUGAACAAGAGUCCAGAAUUCCAGGAGCGCCCAGAGAAGUCCAGAUUAGAUAUUUGUGAACCUUUCAAGGUUUAUAGGAUUGUUCCGCCAGAAGAGCAAGUGAUUGCACCUAUUGAGAGAACAGGUCGGAAGAGGAAAGGCACUGCAGAUUCAAGGAGCAGCUCAUCUGAUGAAGUAGAUCAAGUAGAAAGGAAGUCUCAGAUCAAAUUGGAAGAUGACAUUUCAGAGGUCACCAGCUCCAUUUCUCCAGAGGAUUCUGGGAUUGGAAGUGACACAAGCAACACUGAUAUACCAAAUUUCAACCAGAAUAACCCUAACUAUGAGUCAUCCAGCCCUAAUACACAUAUCGUUGCUCUGAAUCCCCCAGCACAACCUUCAAAUAUCACACAUACAGACUUGAAAGUUACAGUGAUAUAUAGUGGCGUUGAGGUAUCACAGUGCAUGAUCAGUAGUGGAGACUGCAAAUUAUCAGCUAGGGUACCUGAGCGCUUGGCUGGGGGAAUGGAGCAUGUGCUUCUUCCUGCACCAGAUGACAGGCUUGUGGAAGACAUACGCAAGCAUACAGAGGAUCUUCUGAAGUUCCUUGAAGCUGGUGUCAUGUUGGCCAGUACCCCUAAAGGAAUCUUUGCUCAGCGCCAGAAAUCGUGUAGAGGGCGCAUUUUCUGGACUUCGUCAUGUUUGGAUAAUGAAGAAUCUAUUAACAAGCUGGAAAGAGAUAAACAUGUACAACUAUUUGAUACCAACAAGUUUCUGAGAGCACUGGAAAUCUACAGAACUGAAGGAGGGACACCCCCUAAUUCCCAUGUCACCUUGUGUUUUGGGGAAGAGAUCUCAGACUUUCACUCUGCAAAUGACAAACUGAUCACAGCAAAGAUAGAGCAAGUUAUGGCCUCUGAGUUGGUGCGACAAGCAACUGAGAAUCACCUUGCUCAGUCUAGAGAACCACUCCAGGACCCUCCUGCUCCAUUUCUGAUACCCCUGCUACCUGUGGAUAUGUCAACUGCUGAUCUAUGUGAUUAAAUGUGUGCCCAUAUAACAUUUAUUAGCAAGUACUCCCUGUUUCUAAGCUUAACACCACUCUGCUUAUACUUUUUUAGGUGUGGAUAAGUUCAGUCUUCAAGAUGUACUAUCAGGCUCCAUUUUCAUCCUUAUUAUAUGAAUCACCUGAACUUGCGCUUGGCCAAAUAGUUAUGUUAGACAUUUUCUAUUGAGUAUCUAAAGUAGUAUUAAUUACUUAGCCACUUUUUGUUACCUUGAGAAAUUUAGAAAAAUGUGCAUUUUACUUUGGUUUUGAGAACUGAACCCUGAUAAUUGUGCUACCUGUACAGUGUCUCAUUACUCUCUGGAUAUUUUACUAUGUGAAAAUGUUCAUGAUUUAAGCAUACUGCAAUGUUCCAAUAAUAGAUGCUGAAUAUUAUUCUUGUAGGGGCUUCUGUAACUUCUCUUUUGUAGUGAGUACACUAGACAUUUUGUGGCUGCCAACAGACCAAUCUCCUUUAUACAAUUUGUAGCUUACUUUGGUAAAUACUGCUAGUUCUGUGUUACUACUGAACUAAGUACUAAGUUCAUCGUUCACUAUUCUUGGCAAUGUUUAAUACAGAGAAGUGCAUAUCAAAGUUCUAAAUACUUAUGUAAAAGAUUCUUAUUUACACUCUAGUUUGUGUUUAUAUGUUGCUUGAGGAAUUCUGCUGUAAAAUACUAAUUUUAUUGACCACUAAACCUAAAUUUGUAUUAGCUUUACCUAAAAGAGCCACUAAAAACAUUCUGACACACUACUAAAUGGGUAUACACACUAUGAUCAUUUUAGAUUUGGUUGGCUAAAAAUUGUAAUGUGUACGGACCAAAAUCUACUGCCAGUCCCAACCUACGUAUGCUUGGAAACGUUCUCAUGUCAGUCAGCCAGUGAUGACAAUAUGAUCAUAUUAGACCUGGCACUGGAUAUAUUUUUGUAUGUAUGUAGACUGGGCACCAGACAUGGGUCAGCAUAUAAGACUGUACUUUAGAUUUGGCUUUUUAUGUUUGUUAGUAGAUACAGCUUACCUGCUAGGCAUGGCUCAGCUCAUUAUACUAUUUGCUAGAAAUGGUUUCAGUUCUUAUUCUUUGCACCAAACAUUUUCAGCACAAGAGACAACUAGUGAGCCUGCAGUGGCCAGAUUUUAGAGAUAUUUGUCAAUACUUUAAAAUACUGUAAAGUGCUUUAAGAGCCUGCUCCGGUAGGUGAAUUUGAUCUGAACUAGUAUUCGACCGUGCAGGCAUGUGGUGUCAGCUUUGGGUUAGUGAGCAUAUAGCAAGGCAGCGCUGAGAGGCACUGAGAGGAAAUGUACAAAUAUUACCUGUAGCAGUGACUGAUGAUCAUUUUUUUUUUUCAUGCAGCAAUAUGUUCCUCAUAACUACAGUGGAGAAGGGGACACAAAAAAUAGGAUUUAUGGUCUUAACAGGUUAAAUCCUUUUCUUUGAGGCCAUAGGGGGCACAGGAGUAACCAUGCUGGGUAUAGGUUGGUGAGGGAGUGAGCAGGCACCAAAGGGUUACACCUGGCCUAGAGCCCUAGGCAAAGUAAACCCUCCAAACUCUAUGAUCAAUUCAGGCUGAAGAGGAUUUUGGGACUCUCUAAGUAUAGUCUGAAGAAUUGUCCUCGGCAAGGCCAUUUCUUCACAGGAUGGAUCUCACAAGGGCCAUACUGUUAGAGCAAUAUGGCCCAGAUUUGGAUGUAGGCAGGGGCUCAGAAAUAGAAGAUCCCACUGCUAAUGAAGAAACAGCUGUCACUUCAGAGAAUCUGAAGAUCUGUUAACCACCCUCUGCGUGGCCAAACCAGCGCCACCAGUAUCAUUGUUGAACCUGCAGGCAACCCAUAGAAUCAUGGAAAGUGGACGAAAGACAUACACUAGAGGAAACUCUCAUGGAGCCGUUCAUGUGUCCUACAAGAACAGCAGCGGUAUCCUGCAUGCGUAAGCAGUAUUUCGGUAUCCAGUAGUUGUGGCGAGAUGCUAUAAUGUCAAUGUCUGGAAGGCUCCAACGUCGGACCAACAAUUGAAUCACCCCCAGAUUCAGGACCCACUCGCUGGGGUGUACAUCCUGGGAAUGGCAGAAGUUUGUCUACUAAAUGAGUACUUCGGAAUUGAAUAUCGCUGACAAAGCGGGUAGAUGCCACUGUGUUCAAUCGGAAGACAUGGCUUACCCCCUCCUCAUUGCUCCUUGACUGCAAGUGCUGGCAUGACGGGUGAUGUAAGCGACUGCAGUCACUUUGUUGGACUGUACUUAGAUCAGACAACCCUGAUAUGUAAAAUAAAACCUUUAUUACAUUUUUCUUUAAAAACAUCUUUGUGAAAUAAAACAUACAUAUAUACAGUAUAGUGAUGUGAAAUAAAGUGACCAUUAUAA